CGAUUCAAAUUAACCGAUGAAUUGGUUGAUCUGCAAUCUGAGAUCAGCAUUAAAGAACGCCUGGUGAUGGAACUGGAACGUAGUGAACGACGAUUAAAUGAAGUACGAAUCACUUAUGAAAAGAAGCUCGCCGAAUUGUCCCUUCGAAUCGCAGCCACUGAAGCUGAAAGAGAUCGUGUUCUCUCUGAAAUGGCGACUAAAAAUGCGUCGAAACUCGAUUCGGAACACGUGAAGAAGAUUCGUGAAGACUACGAAAGGAAACUGAAUGAAAUGCGAACCGAGUUCAAGAAGUUGCAAUCGGUCGAAAGGGAACAUCGUAAAAUGCAAGCUCGACAAGCAAUGGAACAACAGCAGUUAAUGAAGUUACGCGGUGAAUUGUCCGACAUGAAGAAACUUAAGGUUGAAUUAAUGCAAAAAAUCAAAGAAGAAGCAAAGAAAGCGAAAGCAUCCGAAUUGGCCCAUUCGAAGCGAGUAGCUGGAUUAGAGAAGGAAUCGAGGAAGAAAGACAAUCAAAUAAAGCAAUUGGAGAACCGAGAUCGUCAAAGGGAAAUGUUCUUGAAGAGGACCAAUGAUGAACUGGCGCGAUUACGUGAAAAGAAUCGACAAACGGUAUGCAUCAAAUGUAAACUGUAUUCACUGCGGAUUAACUGA